CCUGUCGCGAAAGAGGGCGUGGUUUGUCGGGUCGUGGGCGUGGCGAAGGGCGCUGUUAGGCCAACUGACGUACAUGACACGAUGUGGUUGUGGAACAGAGCGCUUGUGUUAGCGGUUCUCGGAAGCAGGACUUUGAGCAGAGCCAUGUGUGCGCAAGCCAGCGACUGGAAAAAAGCGAAGAGUAUCUACGAAUUCUCUGCCAUAGACAUCGAUGGGAACGAGGUGUCUUUGGAAAAAUACAGAGGCUUUGUUUGCAUUAUCACAAACGUAGCCUCUAAAUGAGGCAAGACUCCAGUAAACUACACUCAGUUUGCGGCCAUGCACACCACGUACACUGAGAAGGGUUUACGCAUCUUGGGCUUCCCCUGUAACCAGUUUGGAAAACAGGAGCCUGGUACCGAAGCUGAGAUCAAGGAGUUUGCGAAAGGUUACAAUGCAGAAUUUGACCUCUUCAGUAAGAUAGACGUGAACGGAGACGGCGCUCAUCCUCUCUGGAAAUGGAUGAAAGAUCAGCCGAAUGGAAAAGGCACUUUGGGAAACAACAUCAAGUGGAAUUUCACCAAAUUCCUCAUUGACAGAGAGGGGCAGGUCGUGAAGCGAUACGGACCAAUGGACGACCCAAGCGUGGUUGAAAAGGAUCUGCCAAAAUACUUGUAACUAACUUGCGGAUGACUACGGCGUCCGUCCUCACGACUCACUAAAUCACCGCCUGCACUACUGUAGCCUGCUGGGUAUUUCCAGGUCUUUUCCCAUAAAUAAUGACGGCCUCUCUGUAAACCUGCCUGCAGGUAGGACUGGCCUGAUGACCCUCUGGUGUGCAAAACCUUUCCUGGGAAGCCUGCAUAUACCCAGCUAUUUCUGCAACGUGAAGCCUCACUCUAUCCAACCCUGCACUGACUGAUGUGUUUCAUCAUCUCCUACUUGUACUUGGGAGAGGAAUAAUAAUUAAUAAAAUAUUUAGAAAUUU